GUCAGUGGCGCACGCAGGGCAGUCUUCAAAUGCGCCUGAUCCAGCCAGGCGGAUGAAAGUAGAUCGAGGCGCGUUGUGUGUGGGGAGAGAGAGGAAAAAGUUCUCAACAAGGAGAGGCAGGACUACUCUUACGGAGCCCCUGCAGUCUCACUUUGUAUGCCUCUGAAUUACUUUCCCUGCCAUCCUUGUGCAUUUUUGCUCUGCAACGCCGCUUUUACGUUUCCGAGAGAGAAAUACUACUUUUUUUUUUUUUUUUUUUUUUUUACUAAGAAGUGAAAGCACCAGCACCAUGGAACUGCUCUGCCUCGAAAUGGACACCAUCAUAAGAGCUCGUCCCGAUCCGAACCUCCUGUGCGAUGACAGAGUCCUGCAGAGCUUGUUGACCAUAGAGGAGAGGUUUCUCCCCCAAUAUUCCUAUUUCAAAGGCGUCCAGAAAGAUAUCCAGCCGUUUAUGAGGAGGAUGGUCGCUACUUGGAUGUUGGAGGUUUGCGAGGAGCAGAAGUGCGAGGAAGAAGUUUUUCCCCUGGCCAUGAACUACUUAGACAGAUUUCUAGCCGUGGUACCCACCAAAAAGUGUAACCUGCAGCUGCUGGGAGCAGUGUGCAUGUUUCUUGCAUCCAAAUUGAAAGAGACUCGUCCACUAACUGCAGAGAAGCUUUGCAUCUACACAGAUAACUCCAUCAGACCGCAGGAGCUGCUGGAAUGGGAACUGGUGGUGUUGGGAAAGUUGAAGUGGAACUUGGCAGCAGUAACGCCGAACGACUUCAUCGAGCACAUUGUGAGGAGACUGCCGCUGCCCGAGGAUAAGCUGGCACUUAUACGCAAACACGUCCAGACCUUCAUCGCCCUCUGUGCCACAGAUUUCAGAUUUGCCAUGUACCCUCCCUCCAUGAUUGCCACAGGAAGUGUGGGGGCAGCGAUCUGUGGCCUACAGCUGGAUUCAGCUGACCAGUCACAGUGGGGCGACAGUCUUACAGACCUGCUGGCCAAAAUCACAAACACAGAAGUGGAUGUUCUCAAAGAGUGCCAGGAGCAGAUUGAGCGCGUGUUGGUGAGCAGCCUGCGCGAGGGCCGGCAGCAGCAGCAGCAGCAGCAGCAGACGCAGAGAGGCCCCAGUGGGAAAGGCCUGGACGAGCUCGAUCAAUCCUCCACACCAACAGACGUCCGUGAUGUCAACUUGUGAACCACCAGAGGGCACCCAUUGCACGGGAUUUAAAAAAAAAAAAAAAAAAGCAUCAUGAAAAAAAACAUCAAUUUCUUAAAAGCAGAAAAAAAGAACAAAAGAACAAAAAAUUUUAAAAACACAAGCCCUUUAAAAGAGAAAGAACAAUGCUUGCUAUUUUUUUUUUUUUUUUUUUGGUAGAUUUUCUGUUCUUCAAGUCCAAAAAAAAAACACCUGCCCAUGAAAUAGAUUUUCUAUGAUGUUCUAGUCUAAAAGCAACAAAUUUGAUACAGCAUGAAGCUCCGUGGUGCCUUGGAUAUACAGAAGGGAAGCCAAUCAUAUUUGUAUUCUGCCUUUGAUUAUAUAGUAUGGUCUUUAAGUUAUAUUUUAACCAUAGCUUGAUAACGAGGCUGUUAUGGUAGAAGUUCUGAAAACCAUUCGAAAAUUACAUGGGAUCCCAGUGGGGCUUAAGUUUUAUUUCUCUGUUUGGUUUUAUAUUAUUAUCACUAUUACAUUGGUGGCUGGUGUAGGAGAGGACACGAGCUCCUCGACCAUCACAAGGUCCACAUGAGACAGACAGAAGAAGCCGUGAGAACAUUAUGCAAAUGCUAAUGUUGGUGGGUCCCAAUUCCAUGGAAGAUGGGAUGAUAAUAAUUAUUAGUAGUCUUAGUAAUUAUUAUUAUUAUUAUUAUUAAUAUUAUUAUUAUUGGACAUAUUUUGGAACUGAGUAGUAGAGAUCAAUAAGCUCCUUUUGUCAGGCUGCUUGUGUGUGUCAGUUUGUGGGUGCACUGUGCAAGCAUGUGUGUUUGUGAGUAUGCCUCUGUGUGUGUGUGUGUGUGUGUGUGUGUGUGUGUGUGUGUGUAUGUGUGUGUGUGUGUGUAUGUGUGAAUGCUACAAUGUGAUCCUGUAUCUAUAUUAGCAGUGUGCAUUCUAUGGUGUGAGGCACUUGAGCAAAGUCAAGUCGUAAUGUGUCGUAGACUUACGGUUCUGUUUUUAAAGACUAUGGCGAAGCGGAGGCUACACAUACUUUGUCCGUCCGUAUAACAGGGCAUCUAUGCUAUAUCACUGCCAUCAUGCAUUACCAAUGUAUCAUGGUUCAUUGUUGGCCAACAAUAAACUCAUGUGUAUGCACUAUGAGUGAGACAGAAACAAGAUUUAGGAUAUGGGCGAAGGGACUUUCGAGCCCCUUAUCUUUCUAAGAGCAUUUUUCCUGAGGUGUUGCACCUCAGACUCAGUCGUCAUGUGAGGUGCUUGCUUAUUACUGCCAUUCUGUCAAUGAAAUACGACAGAUACUUGGUUCUUUUUCACGUUGUUACGAUAUGGUGUUUCCUCAGUUGUGAAAGGCUGCUUUGAGUCUGGACGGAGUAGUAAUGACCUCCCACGUGUAUGGCACAUGUGAAAACAGGAGGCGAUGUCUUGGAGGAUGUAAGGCAAUGCUUUUUAAAAGUCUGGGGGACGUUAGACUCCUCUGUAUUAAUUAGCAGGGAGGGAACAGGCGCGGAAAGAAUAAGAAAGAGAUGGACAGUUUGCAACUAAGAAGUCACUGUGGAACUGUGGAAGGCACAUGAGAGCACAGAAUGGUAGGACAGAGAGGAUUUUAGUGGUGCAGGAGCAUGCUGCUGUGUGGAGGAUUUACAGCUAGGGGCUGGAAGAUGAAAAUGAACAAAAGAUGCCCAAAUGCCUCAUGAUAAACCUUUGAUAUCUACAUAUUUGGAUGGAAUCAGCAUUCAUUUCUCAUGAUGGAUGUCUACAAUGACACAGCUAAGUGAAAAACAGCAUUCUGGGUUUCCAUUUGCAUGGAAAUGAGGAACUAAGGCUGUAACGCUGUCAGAUCAUAUGAGGAUGGACUUUCUUGGGGUGGGGUGGGGUGGGGUGGGGUGGGGGGGAGAUCGGUGGUUAGAGGAGUACAGGAUGAUAAUAUACUGUCAAUGCAUCUGGAGUCCCACAUAGGGUUGUUUUCUGCUCCCUUAUAUGAUUUCAAUGCAAAGCACUUUGAGAACAUGCUCCCCAGGAGAUAAGUAAAAAUGAAAUGCGUUGGGCGGUGAUUGGAGGUGAAUGGAUGUUUUUUUUCUUUUUUCCUUGUUAGCCUUUUCUUUGGUCUACUUUGUAGGGCUGGUUUCCCAAUCGUCAGACAUACCCUUUGUCAAGCAAGAGUCAAAUUAAAAAAUGCUUUCCAAGACUUGCGAUGAGGGGACAUUCCGUUCACAAAAAAAAACGAAACAAAAAGAAACAUUCCUAUUGAAGCAAAGCGCAAGUUAAUGGGAAGUCUGACCGUUUCCGAGAAUUUGGACACAUCGAAAAUGCCAAUAUGAAUUGGAAAAGGCCUACACGCAGAGUUCACUGAUCUGUUUGAUUUUAUUUUUACUUUGUCAAGAAAUGAAAUAUUUGUUUUUACUUGAAUUUUUCUUCAUAUUUAUCUGCAUCACAGCCACUGAUCACAGUCACACAGGGCAGCGACGAGCUACAAGAGAGGGUGGACGUAACAUCCAAUAUUUGCACAUGUUCUUCAGAGGGCAAUGAGGUUUGCAUUUCCAAGACAGAGCAUAUAGCCUUUGUUUGAAACCACCUUAACUGAUGUGUGUGUGUGUGUGUGUGUUGCAGUGGUUGGUCAGUUUUCUAUGGUGCUGGCUUGUGUUGUUCAGGCCGAUUGUCUGUCAGUGAACACAUCUGUCCCCUGUGAGCUUUGCUGCUUCAAAUCAUUGGCAAGGGGGUUUAUCAGCCAUACAGACAUCAGCACAAAACAAGAGACAGAUGAUUUUUUUUUUUUUCAUUUUUUCUUUUUUUAUGUGACACAUGGCUUUGCCAUAACAAGGUGUCUUUGACUUAAUGCUUGAGUUUUUUUUUUUUUUUUUUAUGACGGUAUGUGACUUUGCUGAGUGUAUGUUUGUCAGACUGAAGAGAGAUGGGGAUCUAAUGUUUAAGUGAUGUUUUCAGUAAAACUGGGCAAUGUAUUGACAUAUUUGCCAAAACAUCCCCAUUUGAAUAUUUGAUAAGACCUCUUCAUUUUGCCUCGUUUGCCUGAUGUAAGCUCUCUCCCAAACUUAAUGGUUGUGAUUUUUCUUUCCUGCAAUUUACUGUUGCAUGUGUUAUAUAUUGAGACCACCUUUUUCAAUUUGUGUUUGAUAUAUUUUAUGGGGUGACCAGACCCGCAAAAAGGAUUUUUCUAAGAUUUAGAGAUACUGUAUUCCAAAGUGAAGAGAGGACAGAGGAGGAGGUGUGAAGACAUCAAGAAAAAAGUGUCAAUAUUUUUAUUGAGUUAUUGUUGUCUUUUUGCGCUGCUAAAAGCUAUGAAUUUGUUUCAUUUAUACAAAAAAAUAACAUUACCUAGUUGUGAUGUGUCACUUGAGUGUGCUGCUAUUUUAUAAACAUUUGUAUUAUAAUAUAAUUAUUUUACUGCUUAAGAGAUACAUUCAGAAAAAAAAAAAAACGAAGUAGAUGGUGAUAGAAGAACAUGAAAUGAGUAUUCGACUGGAAAUGUUCUUUGUACAGUUUGACAGUUUGCUUAGAUAGCAUGUCUCCUUUCCCCUUUUUUUUAAUCUAUUUUGCUCUCCUUCAGUCACAUUAAGCGUCAGUGGUAUUUCCUAUACCUCAGGAUUACUGGACAAAAUCAAACACAAACAAAUCCAUAACCUAUACCUCUGCAGUUAGGUAACCUGGAACUGAGGAGAAAGAAUACAUGUGGGGGUGGGAGGGGGGGGGAGCAACGACAAAUUAGCAUUUUUUUUGUGGAUGAUUCCCACUGUUUCAGUGGGGAAACAGCUUGCUCGGUGAGAUGGGAAACAGGAAAUAUGCAAGGUUUCCACUUGGACUUAACCUAUAUUGGAGGGGGUGGCACAACAACAUUGCAACAUUUCUUUGAGGGCGUUUAUGCCGUAGAUAGUUCAAGCAUGUUCAUUUCUGUUCAUGUUGGUGCUACAUCUGACUUGUUGUGUGCGAGAGAGGGGGAAACAGCAUUCCCAUGAUGGCCAAAGUACUGUUCUUGCUUUAUACAACCACAAUCACAUUGAAUGUCAGUAAAUAUGGACUCUGUAUGUAAGAAAGAUAUGUUUUGGUCUGAAAUAUUGUGUGUGCGCACCAUUGUAACUGCCACAUAAUAAUGGGUUGAGCUACACCUGUCGUGUUCAACCAUAAAUAUUCUGAUAUCUGGAAGUUUCAAUGGUGCAGAUUUCCCUUUGAGUUGCCCCCCCCCCUCCACUAUAACUCAUAUCAUGUACCUCAAAUGUCUGUUGCACAACCUCUGUUCAAUAAACUUCUGCUUUAAAGGGUGUGACACCACAUCAGCUCACUA